UCGAUAAGUCCAAGGCUCUUCCAGCAGCGCGCGAGCUGUGCUGCGCCGGCGCUUCGAGAGCCAUUCGACAACCACUCGCCGACGCGCGCGCAACAUGACGCGGCUCUCUCUGCUUCUGCACGUCGUGGUGCUGCUUGGGACAGCAUGCGCGGCACCGGCGCCGGCGCCGGGCCGAGUGCCGAAGGUUUACAACGCGCUUAUCACAUCCAAUCAGAAUCUGGAACCCAGCAAAGCCUACCCGGUGUAUCAGCCGGUACUGCACGACCACUUCGGCUUCCCGUACUCUCCUUUCGUGUAUGGGGACUACCCUAUCAGUAAUGGUUUGAUCCCAGUUCCUGCGCCAUCUCCCACGGAACAGCCAGCACCAGCACCUCCUGCUCCAUCACCAGCGUCAUCGCCGAAGCCUGCAGAAGCUCCAUCCGAGGAUAAAACUCCCUCCAGCGAGAUUUCGCCACAUGAGCCGCAGCCUGAAUCCGACAGCAACAAACCGACGCCCACGCCGCCGCUUCCGCCGAACACAGAAUCCCCCAUACCGCUGAAUGAAUUCGGCUUGCCUUCUCAAGUUUUUCCAUUGGGACGUAUUAAUCCAGCUUAUAACGGAUUCACGCAAGUCGGCCCAUUCACCUACCCGUACACGUACUCGGGCUUCAGAUUCUACGACCCGUAUGAUCCGUUUAGCUUUAACCCGUACGCAAAUUUGCCGCCAUUGUAUAGACCAUUGGCGAAUACGUUGGUACCGCAAGGUCCUGCGCUGGUUCCCGCCAGGGCUGUGCCCGCAGCGCCAGCGCUCGCAUCUGCGCAAAGUGCAGACGCGCCUCCCUCCGAGCCAAGUGACCUAAACCUCCUCAACUAUGCGUCGAAAGACCCCGCUAUACCUAAUGUGCCUCCGCCUCCACUACCAAGCGGUGGACUAAAAACUGAUAAGUCAGAAUAAUGGGGAGACGGCAGACUUGGACAUAUUCCUUCUGGUCGACAAACAGAAGAUCACACCUACUUAUACACUCCCCAAACGCAUUAUCAAAAGGGACACUAAGCGUGUCAAUCUUUCGAAAUGUCGAGACGGACCAGGCCAACUCGGCUCAUAUUUUGCAAAUAGCAAUGACAAAGUAUAUAACCAAUAAAAUAAAACAAUUAAAAAAAUAAAGUUUGACACUUCCAGACCCUGAGAGCGUUUUCACAUUGUGCACACAAACAAAUAUUAUCGGCCCGGCAGCUGACGGGGGGCUCCGACAUGGCUAUAUUUAUCGGAAGCGCCUUUCCGAUAUUGGAUAUCGGAAGGUGCCUAUGACAAAAACAGCUGCAGGAGAGUGCCACUGACAUUAAGUCCGCCUUUUUGCCGUUUUUAUUGUUUUUUAGUAAUAAUGAUUUAUUAAUUAAUAAAUGCGUACACAAAUACAGGAAAACAUUUUACUUCCUUCUGACAUCCGAUAUCGGAGCCGACAAUGUGAAAACCCUCUGACACGUCAAAGUCGGUGCGGAGAUAGCUUGGUUCGACUAUAGUUCUCAAAUUAAUUUGUAUUACAAAAUUAUUAUCAAACUUCCUGUUACUCGAAUUUGCAGCGUUUAGGUAUCUUGGUCGGUGGGUGUGAUAUUGAGAUUAAGUAUAAUGACUUAGGUUUAUUUAGUCAAGGAUGACUUACGCUACACCGUGCCACACCCACGCCAUGCUCGAGCUGUGCCUGAGCCAUUUAAUUUAACAAUUUAACUUAAUCAGCAGUUCCAGAUCGCAGCUUCAGUUUUGAUUUUGAAACUGUUUCUUCUACUCAAUUUACCCGAGUGUACCCAUCCCGAUCAAAACACGAGCAAACGCGCACGGCUUGGGCAUAUGGACAUAUAAGUUGACGUUGAUGAGUAAGAAAAUCAGUUGACCGAGUGCCGCAGGACCAGUGCCCGGACGACGCUCAUGGUGGGCAUGGUUCGGUGCUACGUGAGUUAAUCCUUAAUUGUAUCAUCCCAGUGAUGAUGAUGACAGCUAAAUUUAUUCUUAUUUAAUAUUGAUGAGACAUGACAAAGUUCCUGGUGAUACUUACUUUUUGUAUUUAUAUAAUUUUUAAAGUUUGUACAAGUGUUAUUGAUAUUAAUAUUUGUCAUUAUAAUUAUUAUUUAUAGAAAAAUAUACCGAUAUAAAGUUGUCUACACAA